GACGGAAUCCCCUUGAAGGAAAUGUAGACUCAGGCACAGUACGCAGGGUUCAGUAGGCAACCUACACCCCUGAAACAUCCACUUCCCUACUGAAAACAUUUCACUUAUCACUCCAACAUGAAGGUCUCCAGCAUAGACUGUCGACGCCUGAAGAAGAUCAUACGGAAGGAGUGUGGGAGUUGUCUUAUUGUGGACUGUAGACCGUAUUUCUCGUUCUCCAGCUCGAGUAUCAGAGGCUCCGUCAAUGUCAACUUGAAUUCAGUGGUGGUCCGGAGGUCCCGCGGCGGUCCGGUGCCUCCACAGUUCAUCAUCCCGGACGAGAGAGCGCUGUUUCGGCUCCGGGAAGGCAGCAUCUCCGCGGUCGUGGCUCUGGAUGACCGCACACCUCAUUUACAAAAACUGAAGAAAGACAGUAUUGCUCAAAUUGUCAUCAAUAGUUUGUCGCACUUGGCGAGUAACGCGAGCAUCUGCUUCCUGAAAGGAGGCUACCAGAACUUCCAGUCCCAUUACCCCGAGCUUUGCACUGAAACCAAGUCUGUGGAUCUGAGUGAAGACAAAAGUGAAAGAGGCGUCAGCAGUCACUGUGACAAACUGGGUUCUCGCCACAAACCAGACUAUGAUCAGGGACGGCCGGUGGAGAUCUUGCCUUUUCUAUACCUGGGCAGUGCCUAUCACGCCUGUAGACAGGACUAUCUCAGUGACCUCUGCAUUACAGCGCUGCUGAACGUCUCACGCAGGGACUCGCGGCCUGCCAAAGGACUGUAUGACUACAAAUGGAUCCCGGUGGAGGACAGUCACACGGCAGAUAUCAGCUCACACUUCCAGGAGGCCAUAGAUUUUAUUGAACGUGUGAAAGAAGAGGGAGGUAAAGUGCUGGUCCACUGCGAGGCUGGAAUCUCUCGUUCUCCCACAAUCUGCAUGGCGUACAUCAUGAAAACCCAACGGUUGCGCUUGGAGCAGGCCUUUGAGGUCAUCCGACAGCGGCGUGCCAUCGUCUCGCCCAAUUUUAGCUUCAUGGGUCAACUACUGCAGUUCGAGUCGGAAGUGGUUUCUUCCGCGCCUCCGUCCGUCACUCCUGCCGCUCAGGAGACACCCACCUUCUUUAGUGGCGACUUCACACUCGAAACGGAGAACUUCGAGUCCUCGGUUUUCACCUUCCCUACCUCCUUCCUAACACCAAUGCCCAUCCAACCAUCGGUUCACCAGUUCAAACUGAGUCCAAUAACUGCGCUGCCUUAAACCGGCUGUCUGACUCAUUGCAGUCUCAGUGUACUUGAAAAAUAAAGGACGGGUGAACGGAACAAAGCAAUGGACUAUCACAGGGAAUAAAAUGCUUAUGUUUUCAUAUAAAAAAAAAAA